AUGGUACCUGAGAUGAGACAAGAAGAAUUGGACACAAACAAGGAUUCUCCUAAACUAGGCACAGAUGAGCCAAUAGAUCGAUCUAUACUUUGGAAGGAGGCAAGGAAAGAUGCAUCAGGAAAUUAUGUAAAUGAACGUGACAAGCUUAUAGGAGAUGCCAUUGAUGACCUUCUAGAUAAGAGAAAUGAGGGGACACUUGUAGAAGUUGGGACAAACGAUAUAUUGACACAAGUGUUAGGAACAAAGGAGCAUCCUGGUAGAGUAAGAGGCCAAAGUCGUGGAGUUACACAAAGAGACUACUUUUUGAAGCCAGCAGGAGGUUUUAGUGGACUUCAACAAUAUCAAUUUCAAUUUCAGCAACACCAAUCACAAAAAUACUUAGAUGACUUUAAAAAGUUAGAACAAUCCUUUGAGCAAAGACUACGUAGUCAAGCUGAACAAUUUGAAGUAGAACGAAAACGAGAAAGAGAAGAACGAGAACAAGAACGAGAGUUAUUUUUGACAAAGUUUACAGAAUUAGCAAACAAAAUUUCAUCAUUAAAAGGAAGUGAAGUGAGUUUGCCUACGAUAGUUUCACGAACAAGUGAGACCCCUACGCCAAUGGAGGUGGUAAAUGAGUCUUUAGUUUCAUCAAAGGAUAAUCAGAAGUCUAGAUUAUUGACAGAAAAUGGUGAUACUGUUGCUAUUGGACAAAUAAUGGCAACAAGCGGAAAAAUUCAUUGUGUUGACUUAAGAAAGGGUAACUAUCGUGUGCAAGUGGAUGAAUGCUGCAAUGAUGAGGCUAAACUUAUUUUUCCUAUUGGAGAUGAGAUUUCUUUAGUACGUCAUGCUGUCGGCCACUAUGUUGAGUGGCCAUCUCAUCUGAUCAUUCCUUACGAUUCAGAUUUGCUACCUAAGAAGACAAAGAAGCAAAAAAAGAAUGGUUCACCAAUACCUAAUGCCCCAAUGACACAAGAGAAAUCUCAUCCUUCCCAAAAACUUCCUAGUCAAAAUGAAGUAGUGUCAAUUAAAGCUAGUGUCCCGAUACUCUUCAAGAUUCCUAGUGGGGUUCCUCGCUUUCUCAAGUGUCUAUUAACUACUGUGAAGUAUGUGGAGCCAAGUUUCAUGAUCAAAAUUACGAUGGAUUUUGAGAUAUUCGGCCAUGAGAAUGAUUUAUAUAUCUCACAAGAAGAUAUAGUCCAUGUUGGCUUAAUGGAAGAGAUUGGAGCAGCAUGUGUAUCGUUAUAUAUCAGGAUUUUAUACUUCCAAUUAGUGAAAAGAGAGAUCAGUCACUUUUUUCGUUUUGUUGAGCCAAUUUGGUUAUCAAAUGUUGGAUCCACUGAAGAAGAACGAGUUGAAUGGGUAUCAAAGCGUAUGCUUGAUUCAAAUCCGGGUCAGAUGUGGUUGUUGCCAUAUCAUAAGGGAAAGCAUUGGAUGCUUAUAAUAAUUGAUUUUGAUCGCCAAUUGUGCUAUUUCCUGGAUUCUCUUCACAAUUUUCCACCAGAUGAAAUCAAAUCUCUCAUUUCUCGUGUCUUUCAACAUUUACGCACAAAUAAUGCAAAAACUAAGGAAGUCGCUUGGAGAACAGUUAAGUGUCCUCGUCAACCAUUACAAUCAGUACAAUGUGGGUUCUAUGUUAUGAGGAUGAUGAAGGACUUCGUGACAAAUGAGUUUUCAAUGCGUUGGCUAACUAGUAAUUGUGGCGGGAAGAACUAUUACACAAAGGAUGAGAUCAAUGAAGUACGUGAAGAAUGGGCACAAUGCGUCAUGGAUUUGAUGAGUACUACAUAGGUCCACUAACUUUUGUUAACUUAGACUUUUAAUGAGAUAUACUUACAAUGUUAACUUAGACUUUCUUGAAGAUAUACACACUUUUGUUGCCUAACUAUAGUUUACAAUGCUUAUGUGAAUCAUUUUGUAAUUAACUUAAGACU